GGCUCGGAAUUUGUCUAUCGGAGAACACAUCAAUCAGUACACUCAGGACGAGUCAUUGUAACAUCUGGUCUUUACCUGCGCUGGUGCUGUAGAUAUACAGUCGAAGUUGUUGGGUGCAUAGGCGACUAUGAGCGUGACUGUCGUCCUCGGCUCCCAAUGGGGCGACGAGGGCAAGGGCAAGCUCGUCGAUAUCCUCUCCGCCGAAUUCGAUGUCUGCGCUCGCUGUGCGGGUGGUAACAACGCCGGACAUACGAUCGUCGUGCCCAUCGGACCGGAGAAGAAAAAGACUACGUUUGCGUUCCACCUGUUACCUUCUGGAUUGAUCAACCCCGAGUGCACUGGUAUCAUUGGAUCUGGAGUCGUCGUGCACGUUCCCUCAUUCUUCGUGGAGUUGGAUGAACUGCAAAAGCAAGGCUUGGACUGCACGGGCAGACUCUUCAUCUCCGACCGUGCGCAUCUCGUAUUCGACUUCCAUCAGAUCGUUGAUGGAUUAAAGGAGGUCGAGCUGGGCGGAAAGAGUAUCGGAACGACCAAGAAGGGUAUCGGCCCCGCGUACUCUGCCAAGGCCUCCCGAUCUGGCCUGCGCGUGCAUCACCUUUUUGACCACAACACGUUCGCGGAGAAAUUCCGGAAGAUAGUCGAGGGGAGGUUCAAGCGGUAUGGGCAUUUCGAGUACGAUACCGAGGGGGAAAUCGUGAGGUAUAAGGCUCUCGCCGAACGCCUCCGCCCCUACGUCGUCGACUCGGUAGUCUACCUCCACAAAGCACUCGCGGAGAACAAACGCGUCCUCGUCGAAGGUGCCAACGCGCUCAUGCUCGAUCUCGACUUCGGAACGUAUCCUUUCGUCACUUCCUCGUCUACCACCAUCGGAGGUGUAUGUACGGGUCUCGGUAUCCCACCGAAGAAGAUUGGGAAGACGAUCGGGGUUAUGAAGGCGUAUACGACGAGAGUUGGCGGUGGGCCGUUCCCUACGGAGCAGUUGAACGAUGUCGGAACGCACUUCCAGGAGGUCGGAAGAGAAUUUGGAACGACGACGGGGAGGAGACGGCGGUGUGGAUGGCUGGAUCUGGUGGUCAUGAAGCAUUCGAUGCUUAUCAACGGUUACGACUCAAUCAACCUCACCAAACUCGAUAUUUUGGAUGACCUUGCAGAGGUGAAGGUGGCGACGAAAUAUCUUGUGGACGGGAAGGAGAUCCUUGGGUUCCCUGCCGACCUGGACGUCCUUGGCAAAGUCGAAGUCUCCUACGUCACUCUGCCCGGUUGGAGAACCUCUAUCGAAAAGGCCACCACAUUCGACGAACUGCCAGAAAACUGCAAGAAGUACAUCUACUUUAUCGAGUCGUUCCUUGGUGUACCUGUUGAGUGGAUCGGUGUCGGACCAGCAAGGGAGAGUAUGGUGAAGAAGGAAAUCAAGAACUGAGAGUACGAUUGAACGGCGUAGAAUGUAUAAGCGAGUAAGAUUAGAGUAGAAGAAAGUAUCCGAUACAAGUAAAGUACAUGAAAUGUUGCUAUUUCCACCAGUGGUUCAG